AUGAGGCCAAUGCCGUCUGUAGACAUGCAGCAGCAACAGCAGCAGCAGCAGCAACACCAACAACAGCAGCAGCAGCAGCAGCAGCAGCAGCAGCAGCAGCAGCAGCAGCAGCAGCAGCAGCAGCAGCAGCAGCAGCAGCAGCAGCAGCAGCAGCAGCAGCAGCAGCAGCAGCAGCAGCAGCAGCAGCAGCAGCAGCAGCGACAACAACACCAACAACAACAGGAGCGUCAUCAAUUGCCACACCAAGAGCAACCGCGUGGGAUAUUACAACAGCAGCAGCAGCAGCAGCAGCAGCAGCAGCAGCAGCAACAUCAUCAUCAGCAAGAUAAGCAGCAGCACGAGCAGCAACAACAACGACUGCACUCUCAUUAUAAUCAUCAACAGGAGCUGCAGCAGCAGCAGCAGCAGCAGCAGCCAUCGCAGCAGCCACCAGUGCGAGAACAAGCAAAAAAAUCAGGGCAAACAGGACCGAGGCCUACCCAGGUGCUCGGAGCUGUUCCUGCAUCGAUGAAGAAAAGGCCCUCUGCAGGAGUCUCAUCCUCGUUAAAGGGCAUGGCGUUAGCAGUUAGGCAACUCGCUGCAGUGUACGAGCAAGUGGAGCGCGCCAAACUGGAGCGGCUGCUGGAAACGGAGAGAAUGCGGAUGGAGCUGAGCAAAGACAUGGAAGCGCAGAUGAUGCAGAUGCAAGUCGACAUGGCUCGAGCAAGCGGUGCUCCUAGGUACAGUUUUGAUGCUGGUGGUGGUGCUGCUGCUGCUGUUCCUGUUGGUGCUGGUGGUGCCGGUGGUGCUUGUGGUGGUCUUACGGAUGGGCUGGUGGGUGGCAACCAUGAGGAACGUCUUGUGGGUGGUAACCAGAAUGACGAUGUUGGCGAUGGGACUCAAGGGUUAGCAAGCGGCAGCAGGCUAGAUGAUACUGCUGGACGUGCAGCUGGUUUUGAUGGCAAUGCUGCCAAUGGUGGUCCUCCCGGUUGCGGGAAAGGUACACAGUCUCCCAUCAUCAAGGAGGAGAACUGCCUGUGCCAUCUAGCCACCGGCGAUAUGCUCAGAGCAGCCGUCGCUCAGAAAACGCCGCUGGGUAUAAAGGCAAAAGAGACCAUGGAAAAGGGUGAGCUCGUGUCCGACGAACUCGUGGUGGGCAUUAUCGAGGAAGCGAUCAAGCGGCCGUCCUGCAGCAAGGGUUUCAUCCUUGACGGCUUCCCGCGCACCGUCGUCCAGGCAGAGAAGCUUGACUCGAUGUUAGAGAAGAAGGGUCAGAAGAUCGAUAAGGUGCUUAACUUCGAUCUUCCUGACUCCGUCCUGGAGGAGAGGAUUACCGGCAGAUGGAUCCACCCUGCCAGCGGACGCUCCUACCACACCAAGUUUGCUCCUCCGAAGUUUCCUGGCAAGGAUGAUCUCACUGGCGAGCCCUUGGUGCAACGGAAGGAUGACAAUGCAGAGACUCUUCGCAGUCGAUUGGCCGCAUUUCACAAGCAGACCUCACCGGUCAUUGAUUACUACGCUGCUAAGGGCAAGGUUGCCAACCUGCAUGCAGAUAAGAAGCAGGAGGAAGUGACUGCUGAGCACAGCGGACUGGGGAGGCUGGCUCUUGGAGUUGAAGUUAUUGCUACAGCUUAA